UGUUGCAGAAAGAAAAACUAUAACAUAACUUUUUUCUAAGAUGGUUUAAAGUUAAUCGUCUACCUAUGAUUGCAAAACUAUAUAUAUGGAGUCAAACAGUUUUUCGAGAAAUGGAACCAAACAUGUUUUGGGGGAGAAAGAUUGCCAAUUUCGAUAGUGGAAGGGCAUUGAUACUGAUUUAGAUAUAAAUGUACGUUCAUUUGUAGUGAUCUGAAAGAGGAUUUGUUAGGAAAUGAAGAAAAGCAUAAAGAGGAAAGUACCUGAGGUAUCCAUGGAAGAAGGAAGGUUGAUUGAUGUUUGCACGAUCUUGUUCCUUAAUAGGUUUGAUAUAUAUAGCGAAAAUAUUAAUUAAUUAAUAGAUAGUAGUAAAACAAACCUUAUUGAAUGAUCAUGAAUUUAAUAUUUCGAAAUUGUUGACAAAAACAAGAAGACUAUUUGAUUUUGUUGAGAUGCAUACAUAAAAAGUUGGAUAUAAUUUUUUUAAUAUAUCUAUAUCAUAUACCAAUUUAUGAUUAGUUUUCACUUUUCAUUUACAUAGUAAAUUAACGGUAAUUAACUCAUUUUCUGUUUUUUUUCUUCACAAAUUGAAAUUUUAUAUAUAUCGAAUAGCAUUACAUCCUUCGUCUAUAAAGCAAGCCAUAGCACAAAGAAAGAUCAUCCCAAAAAAUCGGUUAAUCUAACCUAAUCUCUAUUUCCAGCACCAACAACGUACAUCCCAAAAAACAAACCGACAACAUUAAUUUAAAAUAUAGAUGUGUUUCUUUCAUUAACAAACCACUGGUUUAACCAGCGGGGGUGUCCAGUUACGACAUAAAACUGAGUAAAUCAUAAGUUCUUCACACUCUGUGCAAUGAAAGAGACGCAUCUAACAAAUACAUGCGAUCCAAUCCUUAAUUCCCAUGCCUCAAAGACCUUCAACUCUCUUUAGAUUUCAUUUACCUCAAAUUGAAGAGCUGGCAAUGAGCAGGUUUAUGAAGUGCCUCAACAAAAUCCCCAAAAGUUGAAACAAACCUCACCUUCUUUUUUUUACUCUUCAUGCUUUCUAGAGCCUACAGUAUAACCUGCAAUUUCGCCUCACCUAUAGAUGCUUCUUUAGACUCAUUUUUCCAUUUUACUUAUAAAAAAUGGUACUUAUAUUUAGCGAAAAGGCAUUUUAUGCAUCUAUACAAUAUUUGUGGAAGUUUUGAUUUUUAAAAAAUCCUGAAAGAUCCAAAACAUCUUAUAGUAACUUAAUAUUUUGUUUUCCAUUAACUAUAGGGUUUAUUGGAAAUGUUUAUAUUUAUUUUGUAGUACAGCCUAGAGCAUUUAAACAAAACCAACCCUACGUACUGAUACUAAAAAUAUCAUAUUGUGAAAGGCACAAUGUGGACAAGUCCAUUAGUUACUGGUUUGCAAGGUGUAUAAAUUAAACAACCGAUCUCUCUGAUAACUUCAAUCUCAACGCAAAAAAAAAAUAACGAAAGAAAACAAAACUCUGGUCAUGGUUUUGUUAGUUAACUCUUGUAUGUGGAAAAAAGUGAUUAAUUAUUUAGGUGUGUGCCUGUGUGGUAAGAUUUAUUAUUAUCUGUAGAAAGUAGGCAGCAGUAAUCGGUCUGUAUAAAACAUUCCACGUACAGAAUGAUUGCAGAGAAGUUGGGUUAAAGUUAAGUAUCCUUUGUAUAUAUUUUAACAACAUUGUCACUAAUAUGACAGAAAUUCUGCAUGUUUUAGUUAAGUUGUAUAAUUGUGGCAAUCAAUUCAUAAUAAAGUCCCUUAAUUAAUACAAUUAGUUAGUGGGUAUGACAGAAUGAAUUAUAUUUAGUUAACCGUUUGGAGGAAGAAAGUUUGAAUCAAGUAUUCUUUUAAUUUUUUUCCAUGGUAGACCUUUUGCUAGUGUUUUAAUUUUCUGUUUUUUGAAUGGCAUAGUGUACAUAUCAACCUCAACUAGACAAAUAAGCUUUUUGGCACGAGUUUUUCGUAGCUCGACUUAUGAUAUAACACAAGAAGCUAAGCCUAAUAAGGACUUAUUGAGUCCAUAUAAAUAUGGGUUAUACCUACACAUUUUUUUUGGGUAGAAGGUUACACUUCACAUUAAGUUUGUAUGCAGACAGUCCAUAUAAAUAUGGGUUAUACCUACACAUUUUUUUUGGGUAGAAGGUUACGCUUACACAUUAAGUUUGUAUGCAGUAUGUCUUUCUUUCCUUUGUUCAGGCUUCUGCUUCUCUUCAAUAUUUAGAAUCUUUAUCUAUCGCGGUUAUAGAGAACAUUUGGGUGAGAUUUUCUCCCAUGUUAGUAGAACCCAAUAAUUUCUAAAUAUAUAUUUUCAACAGUCCUCCAUAUUCAUUCUAAGGACUCAAAUCAUUAUUCGAAGAUUUUUUGAUCUUGAGUAUGGGCUCUUGAUCUCUUUGUCUUCUUUUUGGUUAUUUUGUAAGCUAAGUUAUUUUCAUUGUUUUUUUUUUUGGGAUUGUGAUCUUGGUCGAUGGUCUAUGUUGUAUUCCAAUCCAAUUAAUAAAAACGAAAUGAAAAUAAACCAAGAAGAAGAUAAAAUGAGGUUACGCAUAACCAAGUUGUUGUUUGCAGUACCAAACAAUAAAAUUAACAAAUGUUAUUGCGAAAAAAAUAAAAUAAAUAAAUGUUAUUGCGAACGUCUAUAUUUGAUGACCAUAGAAACAGAAGACAAACAUAUAUUUUUGGGCUUAUUAGUGUUUGCUAUAGGUUAAAAAUGAAUCUAGAUCAUAAUGUGUCAUUAUUACUUUCUAAUUAUAUUUAAUUAAAAUCUACCAUUGUUAGCAAGACUAUCAACAUGAUUUAUGUUAUACAUCCAUUUAUACCCACGCUCAAACUUAUAAGCAAAAUACAACAUAAUUUUCAUAUAAAGAUAACUUAAAAUUAAUAUGAAAAUACAACAUAGUUUCGAAACCAGAAAAAUGGUCUGUUUUUGCAAAUUAUUUAGAAGAUAUAAAGAUGCUAAAAAAAAUUCUCUCAUCUCAGAAAUCAUGCAUGUACCACAAACGCAGAAUUCAAAAACGGAUAGUUUAGCAUGCAAUAUCAGGAAACAACCGUUCUUUUAUCGUUCACAUGGAUGCAUAUCUCCCCGAUUUGGUCUAAAGAAUGCGUAUGAAUCUGCUUAAGUUGAUGUCAAAAAAAAUGUAACCAUGUUUUCACAAUUUCAGGAAUAUAUAACAUGGUUAUUACACAUUUCCAUAUUAAUAUGAAUGAUUUGAAGAUUCUAUCAAAGUGAAAAUCAUAAAAGAGAACUAAGAGAAUGAGAUCAUGUUACAAUGUUAUAUUUGCAAGAGGACCUCUUUAAAUACGCCAAAAUCCUAUCACUAGGCCAAUAUUUUGGUGGAUGGGGCUUAUUGUAAUUGUUGUUGUUAUUUUUAAUUAUGUUUUAUCAGCUAGUGAUAAAUCAUUCUAACGAAUGUGUAUUGGGCAUGCUACUAAAUUUCGAGAACAAUGGGGGUAAUAGUCAUGAUUAGACCAUUGAUGUGACUGGCAAGGAUUUAGUCAUAUCUCUACGUAGAGUUGGUGCAUACAAGGUGUAUGGGCAAAAACAAAUAUUAUGCUUUUUAGACCACAAUUAUCGGGGAGAUAUAAAAAGAAUCCUUAACAAAAAAAAAAGUAAAAUAUAGUGUAGACUUCACAGAAAAACAAAAAAUUGGUCACAAAGGUAAUGGAUUAGUGACCGAUCUUGGUCUGUUUCUGGUACUGUUUGCGAGCCCCGUUGAAAUGUGGCGGCCCGCAAUUGGUUCUCUUUUUAAUUUUUUUUUUAAAUCAGCAAAAAAUUAAAUUAAAAUUAAAAAACUCAAAAAGGGUUCCACGGAUAAUGAUGGUUUUAGUAGUUGACGUAAGCUUUAUUGGUAUCUUUUCUAAAAUUUAUUUACCAUUUCAGGAUUCAGUAUGUUAUUUCUUGAAGUUCCUCGCUAUUUUAGCCUAUAGUUGAAGAGAUUACUUAUUUCUAAGUGUGCAUCAAAAUGUUGCCAAUGAAUCAAGACUAAUUCGACAUUGAUAAUGUCUCUAUCACUAAUUAAGCAAUUUGGUGGAUACAUGCAAGAAUCCAAAAUACCAUACGGUGUGAUACUGAAAUGCGAGGUUGUGAAUGUUUCAUGUUUUUUAGUGUAACCAGCUUUUUAUAUUUGAAAUUGUUUAUGCACGUGGUUGUGUUUGUUGGUGACUUGAAACCAGUUAUGGCUGAUAAUGAUUCUUAUCAUUAUACAAACAUGCACAAUGGUGACAAUCAAGUAGUUGUAAGACAUGUACAAGAAAAUGAUUGAAGCACUAAAGAAAUACCAAAAAGUUAACCUCAAUCUUAGCAUUUGAACGUCCCCAAAAGGCUAUUGUAUCACAUAUUCACAUAUCUUGUUUUUUUUUAAAGCGUCUCUAUAGAUGCAGCGCAUUUGACAAUGAUAUUUUUUCAAACCUGAAAAGGAGAGAUAAACUCUGUUAUAAAAGGAUUAUGAGUAAAAUCAGUUAACCACUUCAGUAGUUUCAGCAUUAGCAUAGUUGACACGAUCGUUUCUUGAAAAGCAGCUAAAGAGCAUCCAGAUAAACAAAAUAUUAGUGCAGCACACAUAUGACAUAGACACUCAUCACAUCCAUACUUCCCAAUUGUGUAAUAAGCAAAUGAUGAUCAAACAGCACUAUGAGAUGAUGACCAAACGACACUUGCAGAUGAUGUCCAAAAAAAGAAGAUCAAAUUGUCCCUAGCUCUUCUCUCUACAGCUACCCAAAGAAAAAUAUUUUAUAUAGGCAUGUACUAAAACGUUAGCCCAUUAACUUGAAUUUGUUCUGUAUACUUAUGUCUGUAAAUCCAACACUCGAUAUCUUUGAAUUACCGGUUCCAAUCUUUGUCUUAUGUUUUUAAACAUAAUAAAUCAUAGUUCUUGGGUCGAAGCCUCGAAUUACCAAUAUUAAUUCUUGAAACAACGACGACUAGAAUAAAACACAUAAACAAGUUAUUAAAACGAUUAUAAAAGUUUUUUACUCAAAUUUUCAUCCGUUGGCGUUUAUUCCAUUGACUGAAAAUAGUAACAGUAUACACCAAAAAAUUUGGGUGAAAAUAGAAAACCAUGGUAUAACUUUUUCCCCAGGAUUUAUAAAUCAAAGAAUCUUCCCUUUUCACUUUCCAGGUGCAACUCAUGCAGGUAGGUGGAAGGCUAGGCUGGAACUUUCAUAAAGCAACAUCUUCAAAGUGUACCACGAUUUGAAAGAAGACACGUUUCACCUAGCUCAUCACAAAGUUAUAUACAACCACUUGUAUUCGAUCACGUUGUUAUUAAUCCCGUUACAACGUACCACGUGGAUAGCCAUCCGUCAUAUCAGCUGAGACUAGUCGCAACGUAACAGCGCUUUUCCUGAACUGGUCCGUCUAUAACCUAUUACGCUGUCUUUCCGUUUCACCUCAAGUUUGUGGGACCGUCUUUAACAUAUCCUCACCACGUUUCAGACCAAGAGUAGUGUUCAUGGUCCUGAUUCACGGAGUCAAGAUAUGGAGACGCAAGAAACUGAAAAACCAACGUGUCCUAGUCAACGCCAGCAGGCUCUCAGGGUACACGUGCCAUAUGCAUGUCCAACGUGCUACACGUGGUGGCCUCGGCACUUUCGCUGGUUUGUAUGUAACCAAUGGGAAGUAGAUAGAAACCAACAACGGAAAAUGCAAUUAUGCAAAAGCAUUUAUCGAUAAUCCGAGAUUGUAGCGAUAACAAAGUUUCUUAACCCUUCUCUUAAUUUACAAACUAAUCAUUAAUCAUACGUGUAAUGAAAACCGCUCAUGUCCACUAUCAUCAUCAGACAAGUGUCAUGACAUUGAGGCUUCCCAAUUCUCUUUUUAUUCCAAAAUAGAUGAAAGCUUCAAAAACCUUUAAAAACAACUAUAACAUCUUUCUUCUCAACGUUACACGGUUAUUGAAUCUUCAUCAAUGGCAACAAAGCUUGGAAAAGACGAGGAUGCUGCGGUCGAGCUUGAGCUAUGUCUUUCUCUUGGAGGCCCCUUCAAGAAAGCUCAACCGUUAGAGUUCUGUACGGAAAGCAAACCUAAUAACGCCGUCAGAUGUGUGGAGGAUAUUGACGUUGAUCUUAACGACGGAGCGGUGAGGCAUGAGAUCAAUGAGACGAGGACAAAGGAAACAAGGAAGGAACGGGAAGGGAAGCAGCAGCAGAGAAGCGGAGGAGAAGGAGAGUACAAGAGGAUCAGAACAGAAUGUAAAGAAGUCACUAACGGCGUGGAUCAGUUUGAUUUGAGCUUCAGUGGAUUGGGCAACGGGUACAGGUCGGGUCAAUAUAAGGAAAACAGUAAAGCUGCGACCAUCGGGUCACCCAUUUGCAGCUCGUCCGACGUAUCUGAUCCAAGUGGAAGUUGUGAACUUGGGAUAAAUUCUGACCAAACCAAACCGGUUAAAUCUCCGGUUAACAACAUUACAACCGAUACAAAUGAAGGUCAAGAAGAUGCGGUGGUAGUGGAGACCCAAGAAUGGUCCAGCUCUGUAGCCAAAGAGACAGGGAAGCCUCCAAAGCCGCGUCCCAAGGGUAACGGCAGUAUGCCUCCGUUUGCUCAGAUGCCGUGCGUGACCAGCACCGGUAACGGACCACAGGGCAAAACUGUUAAUGGGUUUCUGCAUCGGUACACAAAAUCAGAGAUCAGUAUAAUAUGUGUCUGCCAUGGAACGUCAUUCUCGCCGGCUGAGUUCAUCAUUCACGCCGGUGGAACCAAUGGGUCGCAUCCGUUAAGGCAUAUAACUGUUGUUCCGUCGAAGUUUUAACUAGCUUUCUUUCGUGGGGUACCUUGUGUUUUGUUUUUUUUUGUAUAUAUUUAGCUGAUGAUCUUUUCUUGAGUUCAAAGGGACUCUUUAUUGGUGAAUAUUGUAGUUCUUAUUUUUCCAUUUCUGGUAUGAUUUACUUUACUAAUUUAGUGCAUUUUUUUGGUUAUGGAGAAAAGCUUAUUUGAAACUAUUCUAUUGCAUUUGCGAGAUAAUUGAAGAGUAAAAAAACUCGGCGAUUAUACUCUUAAAAGACAAAAACAUUCAAUGUAUAAUAAUGGAUUAGUUAUAGUACCAAUGAUAUUAGAGAGAUUCUGAGGUGGACUAUUUUUAUCAGUGACUAGCAUCGUAUAAACACUGUUAAUUUAGACCAUGAUUAAUCCGAAUACCGAAUUUUUUAGGUAUGAUGUUUAACCGAAAAGUGUAAAAAAAAAAAUCAAAUCAUGAAUUAAAAAUUCUAAAUUUAGAACCCGGAUUAAUUAUGCUCUCUGCCUCUCUGGAGAUAUUUAAAAAGAACUGGUAAUUAAGGGCUUGUAACCGUAAGUUGUUUGGAAACGCGGUUUAGCUUAUACAAGGUCCACGUAGGAUAAAGUCUUCAUCGUCAAAUGACCAUUAUACCCAUAAAGUGAAGCCCUAGCGAGACAGAUUGAUUUUAGGACAGCUUAAAGGUUGAAACUUUGAGUGUGGAGGCGAGAUCUCUGAGUUCAAAGUUGUGGUGGAUUUGAUCGUAAAGUUGCCAGAUGAUGAUUUGAAAUAAUUGCGCAAGGGUUAUGAGUUUCAGAAAGAUUGGAGGAUUGAUUACUCUGAUCUGAAUGAACCUGUGACAAAAUCAUUUUCUUCUUCUCGAACUCUGAUGGCAACUGCUGAUCUAUUUUUUAAAAAAGUUUUCAGAUU